AAUUAUGAAAGAGUGGCGUAGAGCGCUUGUCGUGGUAGGGCCGCUUGUACAAGCACGAACAAACCUCUGAUUGUUGGAGGGAGAAAGAUCUGGUCGGCAACAAGGUGGUUUGUGCAAACGCGUAGGUACGCGUUUCCAAAGGCAGGCAUACGAUCGACAUCUGACUACCAUCUGACGAUCGUCCGUUUGAAAAGCGGCCUGUGGACUCGUGUGGACUGGUGGCCCCUCAGUCGAACGUCGAGCGCGGUCAUCCACGCUACGUUUAUCUUACUUGUGCUCGCGUUCGUCGUUCGAUCGUAAGUGAACCGCGUGGCGAGAAGAUCGCGUUACGUUCUUCCAAAGACCGUACACCUAUAUAAAAACACGCAAUUUCGUAAGUGCAUGAAUUGAUCGAAAAGCCGAAGAUCGAUUUCUGAUCGACUUCCUUGGGAAUCGUAUCCGCGCGAACCAAGCAACAUGUCGGAUUUGGUCGGAUACUCGCAUGAUUUCCUGGCGGAAUUCAUUCACCUGUACCGUAGUUUCCGCUGCUUGUGGCAGGUCAGGUAUAGGGGAUACAAGGACAGGAUACUUCGAAAUCGUGCUUAUGACGCUCUCGUGGAAAAAUUGAGGGAGGUUAAUCCGAUCGCGGACAAAGAUACUGUCAUACGAAAAAUCAACACGCUUAGAACCGCGUUCAGAAGGGAAUACAAAAAGGUGCGAAAUUCGCAAAAGAUGGUCCAGAAUCCUCGACUACGAUACAGAUCUUCGUUAUGGUACUAUGAUAUUUUAAAGUUUGUAGCGGAACAAAACGAAACGAGUCCACUGGACGAAGAGAGAGACUUUAAGAAUGCUUUGGUUAACCCAACGGAUCUCUCUCAAGAGGAGAUGAUGUCUGUGCAAACGGACGUAGACAAGAUCGAGCCACCGUCACCUGUACCGUCCCCGGCAGCUAGCUCUGCUCCGGCGUUUCAACCGAUCAUCCUUGAAACCGAGGGCUCGUACGCCAGAAGAAUUUCCACCUCCGCAUCGGCCGAUCCUCUCAGAAGGAAAUCUCAUCAACAACCGGAAAGCUUUCAAGAUCGUCAGCCGAAGGACUCGACGUGUGAAAUCUCUCCGAGACAGUUUGUCAGCUCUGUAACGGACGACCAUUUCGAGACGUUUGGUCGUUAUGUGGCUGGCAAAUUGAGGAAAUCGAUGCCUCGUCAAAGUAUUAUCGCCGAGAAAGUAAUCGCGGAGGUCCUCUUGAGAGCUAAUCUCGGCACCUUGGAAGAAGCUACUUGUCUCACGGAAAAAGUAUCUUCUCGUUGCUUCUUAGUAAUGGGCGAUCGUUGAAUAUCACCGAUCGAUCACCGGCGUCCGUUUCUCCCUCGUUUGUUCUCCUCCAACACUCACGUAUGUUUUACGUUCGUUUACGCUAUUCAUUCCCUGUCUCUCCGUUAAGCUGCAUACCCGGUCGCAUCUUUGAUCCAAACUAACGCGCGUGUUUGUAUCCAAUGGUCAGGGAAGAACAGCGGACCAUCGGCUGCCGGUCGAACGAAACACAACCUCGACAAAUUUGCUCGCGAGAAUGGCAGACAGGUCGCAUUGCAGACAAGUCAAUUCUGGCAGCCAGCCAAUGAAACAAGACCUUUUGUUUUCCUACACGUGAAAAACCAGUGCACCACGAUACAUACGUAUUUUUCAUACGAAUAAACCAGUUUCUUUGUAACAGCAGAUGAUAACGAUUUCUAUUUUUAUUCUUUCUUCUGUUUUCUACUCGAGAUCAGUCCACCGUUCCAUAAUUAUUCGUUUUAUAGCAACAUUUAUAUCCUAAUUACGACUAGUCUCUUGAUACACCUUUUCCAGGAAUUUGCCAUUUCGUUUUCGCUUUCCCACAGCGAGUCCAUCCCGAUGAAUUCCUCCAUCGCCCAACUCCGAUCCAAGUAGCUUUAAACCUUUCCGAUAAAAGUUUCGUGUAAUCGGUCAGUCAGUUGUAUUACAUCCGAACCAGGUAUCGUCGAAGUUCUCUUGCCGAUACGAUGGUUUAAGCUUAAACGAGAUACUAGAUCUUAGAUCUUAGAUCGUAGAUUACGUAGCCACGUUGCAUUAAAUCGGUCGCAUAGGAAAAUGACAUUAUCGAGACGUUAUAAUUAUCAGUCGAAACACAAUUACCCUUUGUGAUUCAAGAUUAGCUUAUUUAAUAACAAUAAAUUGUUUGAGAAAUUUUUUAUGUAUCAUGUUCUGUGUAUUGAAAUAAAAAGUUAACGGUUGA